UGAAAGUUUUUGUUAUUGUUGCUUAUCACUCAUUCUCCGAAAAAAAUGAAUCGAAAGUUCGAAAGAAUGAAAAUUUAAUUUGAAUUUUGAAAGUUCAAAUGUUUGAAUUUAGUCUAUUUUCGAGCGAAUCUAUACUAGUUUUACUUUACAUACCGCCGAAAAGAUCGCGAUGAACUCUUAAUAAAUCGAAACCAAGUUUUUAUUAGUGAUCGGUGUUAUCGUUUUAUCAUUGUUCAAAAAAUGCAUUGUACUUUUCAAAACGACUCUAUUUAGUACUUUUUAUCAUUUAUCGUGCUAGAGCUGCACCGUCGUCUGUUUGAUACUCCUCUUCAAAGUUUAUCGUGAAGUUUUCUGUGCUCAUGCUAUUAAUUGCUACCAAUUUGGCCAUUAUAAAUAACAGUAAAAGGUAAAUUAUCGCCAUGACUGAUUCGUCGAAUAAAGAACAGAUCCUGGCAACACCCGAACGAGUCAGUUCAAAAAUAUCUCCGAACGUUGUUGAUUCCCAGCUGAAAAACGUGAUCAAUUUCUAUCAGAGAACGCCUGAAGUUGAGAAAGACUAUGGAGGAGGAAUUUUUCAAAUGGGAGAUAGUAUUUACUUCUCAUCGGCAGAAGUCAAUAAAUUGACUGAUUCGUCGGCCGAUGAAUUUCGAACAGAAAUGAUGGAAGAAAUGUUGGAUUGGGAAACAUACAUGUACUGUAAAGAAAACGAAGAACAGAAACGAUGUUCCUCCAUUGUCUGUGAUGAUGUACCGAUUCGAAAUCAAGACUGUUCUAAUAUUGUUAUUCAGUCAUUAUCUAAGAGUCGUUGUAACAAUUUAUACAAUAGUAGUUCGUAUAACGGACAUGGCGAAUCGCAAUUCGUGUUCAAAGAAGAUUGGGAUCUUGAAAUAGACGAACAACAAAAAACGAAAAGAGAACGCUUAGCUCUCGAAGAAAAGUCCAUUGGAAAUAAAUACUUCAACGAUCAAAAAUACCGAGAAGCGUUGGAUUACUACACGAAAUCCCUUAGCUUAUUGCCCACUACAGAUGCGUUCAAUAAUCGAGCCAUGUCGUUUAUGAAAUUGAAGAAUUUUGCGGCCGCGGUUAAAGACACUAAUGAAGUGCUCAAAAUCGAGCCGAAUAAUUUGAAAGCUCUGUAUAGAAGAGCUACAGCGAGAAAAGAAAUGCGAAUGUACGAAGAGGCGUUGAAAGAUUGCUACAGUGGGAUGGAAUUGAAUCGUAAAACAUUUCUGAAUGUAUUUAACGAUAUUAAAAAUGAAAUGUCUAAACUAAACGGCAAAAAGUACAGUAUCUGUCCGCUGUACGGUUCGAAGAAAGCAUUCGAAAUCGAUGUUAGUCAAUUGUUCGCGUACGCGAAUUGCAACGAAGCGUACUUACUAGAAGUAGAUAGAACCGGAUGCACGCGAUCCUGCAUUUGUGGAUAUUGUACGGAGGAAAAUCGAAGAAAUAGGAAUAGAUCUUCGGCGUUAAGAAUAAAAGAAAGAGAGCGUUGGAAAAUGCUAACCGUUGGUUUAUUAAACGAGAUGAAAAUCACGUCACCUCCGGUCGCUAAACCGAACGACGCGAGUACCUCAGUUAUCGUCGAAUCUAGUAUCGCUGUGAACGACGAUUCUUGCACCGUCGAUCGUCAAAUAAGUCAAUCGAAAUUUGACGAAUUGAAAAAUGUAGAAAAUAUUAAAAUGAAUGAUGCGCAACAGGAUGCUCAAAUUAACAGUAGUACGAGUAUUAAAAGUUGAUGAAAAAGUAUCGCCGCGCCGAUUAUGUUACGCUCGAUCACGUUGAGUUAUUACGCAUCGUUCGACGUUUUACGUCUUGCUGUUACGCAUGCUGGUAAUGCUCUAAUGUAUUUUUGUAUAAUUGUCCGAUUAAUGUUAACGAUUACGUUGUUUAUUUGGAUUUUUUUAAUUUAGUUUUUUAUCCGGGCUAUAAUAAGUAAAAUUUAUGAAUUUAUAAA